AGUCAACAGUACUAAACAGGCUAAAACCACCCUAUCAUUUUCCACAAGGCUGUAUGUUUUCAUGAGUUUCUGAUACAGCUUCAUCAUCGGAUCGAGGUGAAUGGGCUAUCAAACGGCAAAAUGGAUCUCUGUUAUGAUUCUUUGAAUGGAUCCUGUGGGAAAUAUGUACGACCAUACGGCAUCCACGGUCUGAUGCUCAUCGCCAUGAUGUUGACCACUAUUGUGACCAUCAUUGGGAAUCUACUGGUCAUCAUCUCCAUUGGACAUUUCAAGCAACUUCACACACCAACAAACCAGCUGAUUCUGUCUCUCGCCCUGUGUGACUUUCUCCUCGGGCUGUUUGUCAUGCCGUUGAGCGCCGUCCGUUCCAUGCAGGGCUGUUGGUACUUUGGUGAUUUCUUAUGUAAGUUACACACAUGCAUUGACAUGACUCUCAGCACCGCUUCGAUUUUCCACCUCGUGAGUGUGUCUGCCGAACGUUGUUGUGCUGUGUGCUGCCCAUUAACCUAUCAUUAUCGCUUCGGUUUUCCAACAGUGCUGUUAAUGAUCUCUAUCAGCUGGUUGAUUCCUGCCAUAUUCUCUAUCAUGAGUACCUUCCUCGAACUCAACCUUCAAGGUGACAGGGACUUCUACGAAACACACGUACGCUGUGUGGGAGGGUGCCAUGUCUUCUUUAGUCCCGGUCCGGCCGUAGUCACCUCCCUUUUUUCUUUCUACGUUCCUGGUCUCAUCAUUAUUGGCAUUUAUUCUAGAAUAUACAUGAUUGCCCGAAACCAAGCACAAUCUAUUAGUCUUCAGCUGAACCAGGUUAGGAGAGUUUAUCCAUCGGAAGGCACGCAACAUCGCGCACAGAAGGCUACGAUAACGAUUGCUAUCAUAGUUGGAGUUUUCCUGGUUUGCUGGACUCCUUUUUUCCUCUGUAACAUCACGAGUCCUUUUAUUGGCUACACAAUAUCGCCAGUGUUGAUCGAUGCACUUGUUUGGUUUGGCUAUGUCAAUUCUACCUUAAAUCCUUUCAUUUAUGCAUUCAUGCAUUCUUGGUUCCGAAAAGCUGUGAGGAUUAUAGUAACUGGGGAAAUAUUUAAAAACAAUAGCUGCAGAAAACAGUUAUACUCAUAACUAAGGCCUAAUUCAGAAUAGAAUAGCAUACUAUUGGUCAGUUAGACCAAUUGCUUCACUAAAUGAUUAAUCUGCUGGCCAGAACUUUGUAAAUGCAACCAAAACUUAGCCAUGCCUUCCUAAAACAUGUCGUUCAAACACGCCCCCACAUAUCUACAUCCAUGUGUGGGAAGAUAUCCAUAACACUGUCCAAAUAUAUAUGCAUAGAAAGAAGGCAUAAUUUUGAU